AUGACAAGCAAGAAGAAGGUACUGUCUGUAGAAGAUGUGAUAAAAUCCGUUGGAUUAGGUUACGAUCUCACCAACGAUCUCAAACUCAAGUCAUGCAAGUUUGACUCCAAAUUGAUUGCUAUUGAUCACCACGACCUUCGGACUGUUCAGCUUCCCGGCCGCGUUUCGAUCCCCAAUGUCCCCAAAUCGAUUAACUGCGAUAAAGGCGACCGUAUGAGAUUGUCUUCUGAUGUUCUUUCCUUUCAGCAGAUGUCAGAGAAGUUCAACCUGGAGGUGUCGUUGUCGGGUAAGAUUCCGACGGGCCAUUUCAAUUCUGCGUUUCAGUUUUCAGGAGUUUGGCAAAGAGAUGCGGCCAAUACCAAGAGUCUUGCAUUUGAUGGUGUCUCCAUUACACUUUACAACAUAGCACUUGAUAAAGCACAUGUGGUUCUGAGUGAUCAUGUCAAACAAGCUGUUCCUUCGUCGUGGGAUCCCACCGCGUUGGCUAGGUUCAUUGAGAAAUAUGGAACCCAUGCUGUAGUCGGGGUUAAAAUAGGGGGAACCGAUAUAAUUUAUGCUAAGCAGCUGUAUUCGUCUCCUCUCCAACCUUCUGAUGUACAAAAAAAAUUGAAAGACUUGGCAGACGAAUUCUUCCUGCGCCAGGCUGGACAAUAUAACAAUAAUGAUGGGGCAUUUAAUAAGAAAGAAAAGUUUAUGAAGGACAACGGACUAGGAUUCCUGGAUAUUCAAGCUCAGUCCUACCAUGAAUCCGAGGUUCAGGAUAUCAAGUUUAUAUGCAAAAGGAAAGGUGGAAAUGGGAGGAACGAUUUAAAACAUAAUGAGUGGUGCCAAACCGUUUUGUCUCAACCUGAUGUAAUAUCAAUGUCAUUCGUACCAAUUACAUCCCUACUUGGUGGAAUAAAUGGGAGCGGUUAUUUAACCCAUGCCAUAAAUCUCUAUUUAAGAUAUAAACCGACAAUUGAUGAACUGCAUCAAUUUUUGGAGUUCCAGCUUCCAAGGCAAUGGGCCCCUGUAUUUGGUCAGCUUGUUCUUGGUCCUGAUAGGAAGUCGCAUAGUUCUUCAUCUUUACAGUUCAGUUUCAUGGGUCCUAAGCUCUAUGUGAACACAACACCGGUUGAUGUAGGAAUGAAGCCUGUGACAGGUCUUCGAUUGCAUUUGGAAGGAAAGAAAAGUAAUUGUUUGGCAAUCCAUUUACAGCAUCUCUCCUCCCUCCCCAAGACUUUCCAACUUGAGGGAGAGACUAAUGGAAAUGCAUCCGAUACCUCUUUAGAACGUAGAUACUAUGAAAAGGUCCAGUGGAAGAGUUUCUCUCAUAUUUGCACGGCUCCUGUUCAAUCCUACGAGGACAAUUCUGUUGUGACCGGUGCUCACUUCGAAGUGGGAGAAGCUGGUCUGAAGAAAGUUCUCUUCCUAAGGCUUCACUUCUGUAAAGUUGCCAACGCAACACGUGUGAGAGAACCUGAAUGGGAUGGUUCGCCUGGCUUGACUCAGAAAUCCGGAAUGAUAUCAACUUUCAUCAGCACUCGGUUUUCAGGUCCACAAAAACUGCCACCGCCACAGCCAUCGGACGUAAAUGUCAACUCUGCUUUAUACCCUGGAGGUCCUCCUGUACCUGCUCAAUCACCUAAACUUCUGAAGUUUGUUGACACAACAGAAAUGACAAGAGGACCACAAGAUUUGCCUGGCUACUGGGUUGUGUCUGGGGCAAGGCUUUUUGUGGAGAAGGGUAAAAUAUCGCUUAAAGUAAAAUAUUCUCUUUUAACCGCGAUUUUACCAGAUGAAGAGACGGGGAGUUAUUGA